CUACAGAGCCUAUGUCUCUGGAGACACAAUUCAUUGGGAGAGCCCUGCUGAGAUGCCUUCUCUGCCUCUGGAGCGGGUUUGUUUACACACGGCAUCUAUAGCAACGAGCUGUGCUGGCUGCCUACUUCUUUCGUGCUCCCUGGAGGGUUGCUACCAUCCAGUCCUCACUGGCAAGCUCCUUCCAGAGGGGGGCUGUGCCUUCACCAUGAAUUUGGGGGCAGCUGAGGCCGAGGGGGAGACUCCCCCAUGGAUGCAGAUCAUCCAACAGCCGAUUCCCCAACAGCCGAUGACAAUAUUUCAGCAGAUCCCUGGGAUCCUGUCUCCAUUCACUCAGCCCAUAAGGCCAGGACACAUCCGAGAAGAUCUGAUAGAGUUAAUGAUGAUACAAAACGCCCAGAUGCAUCAGGUGAUCAUGAACAACAUGACCAUGGCCGCACUGACAUCCUUUGGAUUCAGCCCAGCUCCUGCUGCUGCCCAGGUGAACCUGGUCCCUCUGCACGCUGAAGAUGAAGAAGCAGAUCUGGUAUUCCACCACCACUACGCACCAUAUCCUAUGGCCACUCUCGCCCCCCCAUGGCAGCCUCUGGCGCAGCCUCCAGCUUGGGCACAGGAGCCCCCUAGCAUACGCCACAUCAGCCUGGACCCGCACCCAGCCCCAGCAAGCAGGACUCAGGAUGACAAAGUGGUCCCUCCGCCCCCGCCGCCCAGCGCCACGGGGACAGUGGGAGCCGACGUUCCGCCGGCUGCAGAGUAUUAUGACUACACCCAGGGCAAGCUGUGAGCCUGGCUCUGUGCCUCCUGGGAGCUCUCCUCUUCUCCUGCACCCCCUGUCCCUGCUUGGCUUGGGGAUCCCUGCCGCAGCAGGCAUCCACCCUGGCCCAGCGAAGCUGGUGCAUCGGGCCCUGGCACACCGCUCUGUCCUUCGUCUGUGCUCGUUAACUGGACUAGCUCUGGAAGCGACGGGCAACCUCCUGCUGCGUCCUUUCCCGUCCCUCGCCUCGCCCUGCCUCACCCCAUGGAGCUGGAAGGGAAGCUUGCCUGGACUCGCCUCUCAGCUUGCCUGGACUCCUCUGUCAGCUACUAAGAAGGUGCUUCAUUGUCUAGCUGUUUCCACGGCGUGGCUGUCCCCUGACGUGGCAGCUUCUCCUGCCCCAGGCAGGAAGAGGUGCUAUUAGGUGCAGCUACUGGCAGGGGGAAGGGUGUGUCCUCCCCCCCCCACAUUCCCGCCCCCCUUUUUCUGUCUUCUGGCAUCCCCUCGCUGUAGCCUCAGGACUAAUGCAUGUCUUCACCACCCCUUAUUUCAUGUGUUUGCACGUCUACUCUGAUGACACGUCAGCCGGAGCUCCCUUCUGCUGCUGCCAUGGAAGGGACCUCGAGGUUCCCGGGGAAGUGGAAGACCCCAGGCGUCUCCAGCGUGGGGGACAGUGCUGGUGUCCUGGGCCCAGGACUGCCAGGACAGGCAGGGCUGGUGCCUGGUUGUCAGCCAUGUCUGGGCGCCACCUCGGCCUGCACCGUCCUUAUGUGACAGCUAUACUCUUGGCCCACACACCGGGGAUUGAACCGGCGCCCUCCUGAGCUAGCCGUGAGUGCCUGGAGCUGGGGGCCGUGACAGCUGUGGAUGGGCCUGAGGGGGAGCUGACAGACCCGCCCACCAGUGGGUUACAUGUGCGCCACUAGUGUCUCCAGGGUAUGAGGGAACAAGCCAGCUGCCUGCCCUCUUCAUCGCAUUGAGAUGAGCAGGAGGGCGCAGGGCAACAUCUGGCGAGCAGAGGGGCAGAUGUCAUGGACUCUCAGGAUUCGUGCUCUCUCCCAGCUCUGUACGGUCCCUGAGAGAAACCCACUUCGGUGUGACAGCCCUUCUAGAGGGUCUGCUCUGUCAGGGGUCAAGCCACAGUCCCCUCCGCCUCCUGGAACCGUACCUCUCUGAACCUUAGCACGCCUGUCUCUUGCCAUGGGCCCCCUCAGGGAGUCCACUCGCUCUGGACCCCCGGGACCUCCACACCCAGAGGGAAUGAUACAACCCUGUUCUCUUGACUGGAGCGACUCUCAGCCAGCGUAAAACAGGAGGGUUUAUUGAGUGUCUGAAGACAGCACAGGAAACUCUCAGGGCCUCAGGCCUGGCCUCUCUCAGCACAGGACAUCUAGGUCUGUCCAGCUUUCAGGUGGGCUCUGGCAGCUCUCCCCUCCGAGCCUAGAGACCCCCUCCUUCCAGCUGGACAUCCUAUCACCGUCCCCCAAGUCCCCCCUGCAUCCUUUGUGUUCUGUCCCAGGUGAGCAGGCUGCCUGGGCCUCCUCUCUUCCCAGCCUCUCCUCUCAUCUGUCCUUUGUUUCCCCUCUGGCUGGAACCGGCUGGUCAGGUCACCGGGGUCCUCCCUCCGCAACCCAUUGUCCUC